AUGUCUAAUUCAACGACACUCAUUACUUUCAUGCUACACACUCAUGCAGAUGUAUAUUCAGUCGAGAUCUUCGGGUCUUGGGAUAAUUUCGAUAGACCGUACCAACUUUCACGAGACAAGCGCAGUGGAACUGGUCAAUGGCGGGGCUGUCACCGUUUCGACAACAUCAUCUGUGACGGCGACCUCUCAGAUCUCUCUCUCAAGCGCGAUGGCGCCCUCAAAAUGGGUGGUACCUAUUGGUAUUAUUAUCGACUCAACGGCGACUUAGAUUAUCAUGACCCCAAAGAGCCAUCUACUACCUUGUGUCCAUCACUUCCAGGCCAAUCGGUCAAUGUCUUGGACGUACCGGUACAAAGCACUUCGUCCAGAGUCUGCACUCCAAACGGCUCCUCGACAUCAUUCCAUGAAGCAGUAUUCACUCUCGAUCCAAAGGAUAAGUACGUUCCGUUGGGAGUCAAACGCGCUGCUACCACGUCGGCAAUCCAACAGCGAAAGGCGCGCAUGCACGAGGAAUCUCUCGUUGGACCUGACGAUCGGCCAGAAACGGCUUGCUCGACCUACGAAGGGCCUUCUUUGCAAAGACAGCGCUCGCUACAGUCUAUCUUCUCCAAAUUGAGGAGAACGAAGUCCACAAGUUCAAGUGAGAGAACUACCGCCACAUCAAGGACGGGUACUUCAUGGUCACGUCGACUCUUCUCUCGGGCGAGUAGAUCUCGGAAAGGAUACCCUGACGACGAGGUACCAGACAUACCAGAGGUCCCUAAAAUACCAGACGACGUGCUAUGUCUUGCAGCUCAGUCCACUCCAAUGGUGGCAAAUCAGCAUCACCCUCUACCUGUGGAGCAUGUGAAGAACCCUCCCAUGCAAGCCGUCGAUAAAUGCGACACAUUGGUCACACCGAUGGACGGGACUAAGGCGGUCAAUAAUGCACCUCAAUCGCUCGGGUCAGUAAGGCCUAGAAGUGAUGCUGAGCCUAGCGAGAGAAUUGUAUCAGCAGUAUAUGAUCUACUACAACCGCUUGAUUCACUGGCUUUAAGUAAGUGUAGUACUUUGGGAGAGCACAGUGAACCAUCGGAGCAUGACGAGGGUGCCCCACGUGGAAGCGAUUACCGGCAAGCGAUGACCGUUGAUGACGAUGCACAAGAUAAUGUCAAGGAAGCCCAGACCGGGCACACUCUUGGACAGUCGUCGUGCUCGAAUCGGUCAUCAGCGCAUGAAAACGAAGAAAAUUCAUACGCUGAAUCAUCAUCCUUAUCAUAUACCAAUAGCGAAUACUUCUCGCCUGGCCUUACCUCCACCAACACUGCUACGUCAAGGCGGAUGUCCUCGAUCUACCUCUCCCAGCCAGAAACACCUCGGACCUCUGAUUUCGAUGAAGAAGCUGUGAUGUGGGACCGAAACUCGGAUCCAAACCUUGGCACAAACUAUAAAGAGCAUUCGGAUUUCAAGUAUCCUCAGUAUCGCGCGGAUCACGCCGAAUCCCUAGUACUUACAUCCGCAAUCUCAUCCGAACCAGAAAACGACGACUCGACACCUAGAUAUCAUGGCUUUAUACUUCCUGUACAUGAUUAUGCCUCUGCUGUCACUCUGAAGAAGCCAUCAAGCCGCCACGACAUCAAACAAAGCAUCAGUAAGCCAGCUAGCACGCAGCAAUUAGUCGAGUCUUGGAACGAUGGCGUUGAGCAUCGCUUGGUUGGACUUCCUGGACUGGUCGACGACCUUGGUUACCUUGGCGACUGGAUCACUUGA